UCAAGCACGCUGCCCCCACAGCAACGAAGCAUCUCCAGAGAUGUUGCAGAGCAUGAGUGGACACCCUCAGAACAAGACCAACAACAUGGGAAGUGACAUAGCUGCCCGUGGACACAAGGAGACGGGUUGGGGAGCGAGUAGCUUCAUAGCUGGAGUCUUCAUCCAGACCAAGAAUAAGAAGAUGAGCAUCUACAGUGCCAUGAUGAGGGGGAUCCUGACGCCAGGCACGGCCCUGGUUCUGCUGGAGGCACAGGCUGCGUCAGGGCUCCUCACUGACCCUGUGAGCAACAAGACGUUGUCGGUGAAAGAGGCCUUGACCACUGGGCUCAUAGGCAGAGAUUUCUACGAGAAGCUGCUGUCUGCGGAGGGGGCAGUGACAGGAUACACAGAGCCGUACACAGGACACAAGAUCUCCCUCUUCCAGGCCAUGAAGAAGGAGUUCAUAGUGAAGGCACACGCUGUACGCCUGCUCGAGGCCCAGAUCGCCACUGGCGGCAUCAUUGACCCUGCGCAUGGCCAGCGCAUCCCCGUGGACGUGGCCUGCCAGCAGGGUUACUUCGACCAGGAGACAAGCCAGUUUCUUUCUAACCCCAAGAAUCAAACAAGAAGUUGCUUCGACCCCAACACGCAUGAGAACCUCACUUACACACAGCUCCUGCGCCGCUGCAUCCCCGACCCGGACACGGGGCUCCUCAUGCUGCAGCUCAUGGACAAGGGCUCCGUGCUCUACCAGCUCACCGAGGAGGCCCGCAAAGCCCUGCAGGCUGCCCGCACCACCGUCAGCGAGGGGCUCUUUGAGGGCCAGAGCGUCACCGUGUGGGAGCUCCUCUUCUCUCGCUACAUCCCUGAACACUGGAGAGAGGAGCUCCUGAGGAAAUACAAGGCGGGGACAGUGGCGAUCCCAGAGAUCAUCACCAUCCUCACCACAAUCAUCACCAGUGCAGAAAAGGAAAACGGGGAUCUGAGUUCAGCCACAGCAACGCCCAGCAAUGAGGUGGAGCUGCAGGUGGCUCAGGAUCCAGGCUCCCAGGAGCAUCACUUGAAAAAGUCCUUAAAGUCUGCGAUCAUAUAUGUAACUGCUGGUGAGCUCAAGGGGAAAAAAAUCUCCUUGUUGGAUCUGCUCUUCUCCAAACGCAUCCCUCAAGGGCAGCGGCAGGACCUGCUGGGACUCUACAGAGCUGGGAUGCUGACAACCGAGCAGGUGGCUGCUGUGGUCACCACCAUCAUAAACCAAACAGAAGCUGCAAAUACGGCACUUAGGGCAAAUGUCAGAAGUCCACACAAGGAGGCAGUAUGGACAGAGGAAAAUGGAGAUGCGUUUUCAACAGAAGAUGCAGAACUAGAUAACAUCUUACAGUCCACCAUCACUGACCUGUCUGCUGGUGAGCUGCAGGGCAGGCAGGUCUCCCUGUGGGACUUGCUCCACUCCAAGUACAUCCCUGAGGAGAACAGGCAGCAGCUUCUGGAGCUCUAUCGAAGCAGGGUUUUAACCAUGGAGCAGAUGAUAACUGUUGUCACCACUGUCAUUAAAAGGAAAGACUCUACAAGCAGGAAAGUUGCUAUGAAGACUUCCAGCAAGGACACUGGGAAAGCAGAAGAAGACAAGGAUGCCCAUUCUCCCAAAGAGGAAUCAUGGAAAAGAGCCCUGAAAACCACAACGGUUGACCUGGAUGUGGGGGAGUUCCAGGGACACAAGGUCUCUGUGUGGGACCUGCUCCACUCCAAGUACAUCCCCAAGCAGAACAGAGAGGAGCUGCUGGAGCUCUACCAGGCAGGAGAGCUAACCCUGGAGCAGGUGAAGGCCGUCGUCAGCACCAUCGUAAGCAAGGCAGAAACAGCAGGAGCCAAGCAGUCAGCAAGUGUGAGCGGUGCAGGCGUGGAGGGAAUGACCGUGACAGAUGCUGAGCACUCCCACCUGCAGCAGGACAGGAGCUGGGAGCAGACCCUGCGGUCUACCACAGUUGAGAUGGUGCUAGAUGAGUCCCAGGGCAGGCAGGUAUCUGUGUGGGACCUGCUCCACUCCAGGAACAUUCCUGAGGAGAAGAGGCAGGAGCUUCUGGAACUGUAUUGGAAGGGGACAUUGACCUUGGAGCGGUUAAUGGUUGUUGUCAGUACCCUCAUUAAGAAGAAAGACUCUACAAGCAGGAAAAUGCAAGUUACUGUGAAGACUUCCAGCAAGGACACUGGGAAAGCAGAAGAAGACAAGGAUGCCCAUUCUCCCAAAGAGGAAUCAUGGAAAAGAGCCCUGAAAACCACAACGGUUGACCUGGAUGUGGGGGAGUUCCAAGGACACAAGGUCUCUGUGUGGGACCUGCUCUACUCCAAGUACAUCCCCAAGCAGAACAGAGAGGAGCUGCUGGAGCUCUACCAGGCAGGAGAGCUAACCCUGGAGCAGGUGAAGGCCGUUGUCAGCACCAUCGUAAGCAAAUCAGAAACAGCAGGAGCCAAGCAGUCAGCAAGCACGAGUGGUGCAGGCGUGGAGGGAACAACCAUAGCUGAGCACUCCCACCUGCAGCAAGACAGGAGCUGGGAGCAAACCCUGCAGUCUACCACAGUUGAGAUGGCACUAGAUGAGUCCCAGGGCAGGCAGGUAUCUGUGUGGGACCUGCUCCACUCCAGGAACAUUCCUGAGGAGAAGAGGCAGGAGCUUCUGGAGCAGUAUCGCGAUGGGGCUCUUCCCAUGCAGGAGCUGCUCAACACCCUCUCCACCUUGGCUGCACGCAGCAAGGAAGAGCCUGUGGCUGCCCUUCCCCAGCAGAUCGUGGAUCUCCUCCAGACUGAGGGCUCCUACAUCACGGUGCGCCCCUUCCAGGAGCAGCGCGUGUCCGUGUGGGAGCUGCUCUCCACCAAGCAGCUCUGCAAGUACCAGCGCGAGGCCCAUCUUGACUCGUAUGGCACUGGGGGGCUCAUGGUCAACGAGAUCACCAUCACCACCACCGUGGUGACGGGCUCGCGGCAUGUCAAGGGCCGCGGCCAGCAGCACUAG